AUGCAACGGCAACUGCAGUCCCAAAAGAGUAUGGCAGACAACAUAGACCGGGGACAGCGUCCGUCAUGCUCUGGCCUUCGAUACCAUAUUCGAGUCUCCGCUAUUGCCCACCUCAUUCUGAGCCGGCGCCUUGGCUCGCGAGCCGAAGACUGCCACCGUGCAAGGCUUACGCAGUACAAGGCAGUGCUGAGUGUUUCGAGGCUUCUAUGCGGCUUGGCAUGA